CCCCUCAAUGUCUCUGACUGUGUUGGAACCUCAGGAUAUACAUAUGAUUUUGUAGAGAAUAAUGUAAAAAAAAGAGCGACAGACCAGAACUCACCUCUGCUAGCGGCGUUGUGUCAGGUGAAAGAGGAAUGAAGAAUUGAGAAAACUUCUCAAUGCUUUAUGAACUUGCUGAUAGCAGCAAUUGAUGCAGGAUUUGUCCCAAAUGAACUUCAGGUUGGGCAAACUGAAAAAGUAGUUGCUCCAAAUCUUUACACCGCUGUUGUAAUUUCAGGAGCAAUCCAGCAUCUUGCUGGUAUGAAAGAUUUAAAGACUAUUUUUGCUAUCAAUAAAUAUCCUAAAGCUCCUAUCUUUGAGAUUGCUUCAUAUGGUCUUGUAAGAGAUUUAUUCACAUUAAUCCUAGAACUCACAGAGAAUCUCCAGAAAUAA